GAUCCCGGGCGGUAGGCAGGAGAUGGGGGCGGGGCUCUCUAAGGCCGAGGUAGGGUAGGGGGCGUGUCUUUCCCCCGAAGACCUCCGGGACCGGAGGAGUGGGCGCUGCCCCUCGCGGAAGAGCCUCCUGCUCAAUUAGUUCCCGAGUUGAGGCGCGGGGGCAGGGAAGGUGCCUAUCCAACCGCCCAGGCUCCGGAUUCCGCCCGCGGAGCGACGUGCAGCUCCGCGCACAGGUGGGACUUGGCUUGGUGGCCAUGGGCAAGCAGAACAGCAAGCUGCGGCCGGAGAUGCUGCAGGACCUGCGGGAGAACACGGAGUUCUCGGAGCUGGAGCUUCAGGAGUGGUACAAGGGCUUCCUCAAGGACUGUCCCACGGGCAUCCUCAACGUGGACGAGUUCAAGAAGAUCUACGCCAACUUCUUCCCCUAUGGUGAUGCCUCUAAAUUUGCUGAGCACGUCUUCCGUACGUUCGACACCAACAGCGAUGGCACCAUUGACUUCCGGGAGUUCAUCAUCGCGCUGAGUGUGACCUCACGUGGCCGCCUGGAGCAGAAGCUCAUGUGGGCCUUCAGCAUGUAUGACCUGGAUGGCAACGGCUACAUCAGCCGCGAGGAGAUGCUCGAGAUUGUGCAGGCCAUUUACAAGAUGGUUUCGUCCGUAAUGAAGAUGCCGGAGGACGAGUCGACCCCAGAAAAGAGGACCGAGAAGAUCUUCCGCCAAAUGGACACGAACAACGACGGCAAGCUGUCCCUGGAGGAGUUCAUCCGCGGAGCCAAAAGCGACCCGUCCAUCGUGCGUCUGCUGCAGUGCGACCCGAGCAGCGCCUCCCAGUUCUGAGCGAGAGGACCCAGGUUCCCCCUCCUCCCUGCCUUCACUGGCCCUCUCCCGGCUCUCAGCUUCCUCUCCCUUGUGUCUGUCCAGCCUGGGGGUCAGACUGGGCUCCCCCAGGGCCUGCAUUCCGGGGUCUAUGGAGAAGGGAACCCCGCGGUAGCCCCAAUGCCCAAGCAAGCAAGCGGUCAGCACCUCCCGUCGAGGCA